CGGCCGCGCUCCACGCCGGGACCGGAAGCGGCGGCCGCGUGGCGAAGGCAACAUGGCGGCGCCCAGGAGGAGGAAGCUGGAGGAGCUGAGCCUGGACGAGUUCCUCGCUGCCGGCUCGGACUCGGAGCAUGACGGCGGCUGGGAGGAGGAGGAGGAGGAGGAGGAGGAAGGCGGCCGGGCCCUUAACGGCGCUGCGAGGCGGAGACAGCGGGGCGGGAAGGGGCUGCAGGCACAGCCGGGCAGCAGGAAGAAGGGAAAGGCUUCAGAGCACAAAGACCAGCUCUCCAGGCUGAAGGACAGAGACCCCGAGUUUUACAAGUUUCUGGAGCAGAACGACCGCAAGCUGCUGGAUUUUGAUGCCUCAGACAGCUCAGAGGAGGAGGAGGCUCUGCACAGACCCCCUGACACCCUCGAGGAAGCCAGUGAUGAGGAUGAAGAUGAUGAAGACGAAGAACAAGAAAAAGUCAAAAGGAAGAAAGUUUCCUUCAUCCCCGUGAGCUUGAAGAUGGUGGAGGAGUGGAAGAAAGCUGCCCAGAGGAAUCUCACCCCAAAGCUCUUCCAUGAGAUCACCCAAGCCUACAAGGCAGCUGUGGCCACCACCAGAGGUGACAGUGGUGGUGACCCCAGCAAGUUCCAGGUGACUGACACUGCAGUGUUCAAUGCCCUGGUGUCCUUCUGUAUCCGGGACCUGUUCCACCACCUGCACAAGCUGCUGCUCCCCAAAGCCCCCAAGAACAAGCUCAAACUGGUUCUCCCUUCCACCAGCCCCCUCUGGGGAAAGCUACGUCUGGACAUCAAAGUUUAUCUUGGCUGCACCAUCCAACUGCUGUCCUGCCUGACAGAGGCCUCAGUGGGUGCAGCAGUCCUGCAGCACGUGAACUCCACAGUCCCGUACUACCUGUCCUUCCCAAAGCAGUGCCGGGCCCUGCUCAAGCAAACCAUCACUCUGUGGAGCACAGGGGAGGAGACAGUCAGGGUCCUGGCCUUCCUGGUGCUGAACAAGAUCUGCAGGUACAAGAAGGAGGUUUACCUCAGCCCCCUGCUCAAGCAAAUGUACAUUGCCUUUGUGAAGAACUCCAGGUUCACCUCUCCCAACGUGCUGCCCAUGAUCAACUUCAUGCAGCGCACGCUGACGGAGAUGCUGGCCCUGGACAGCCCCAGCUCCUACCAGCACAGCUUCAUCUACAUCCGCCAGCUGGCCAUCCACCUGCGCAGCGCCAUGACCCUCAGGAAGAAGGAGAACUUCCAGUCAGUCUAUAACUGGCAGUACAUCCACUGCCUGUACUUCUGGUGUCGAGUUCUCAGCACCAUCCACCCCAGUGAGGUCAUGGAGCCCCUCAUCUACCCCCUGACUCAGGUCAUUAUUGGCUGUAUCAAGCUGGUGCCGACGUCUCGGUUCUACCCUCUGCGCAUGCACUGCAUCCGUGCCCUGACCCUGCUGUCCCAGAGCACCAGGACCUUCAUCCCCGUGCUGCCCUUCAUCCUGGAGGUUUUCCAGCAAGUGGAUUUCAACAAGAAGCCAGGGCGGAUGAGUUCCAAGCCCAUCAACUUUGCUGUGAUCCUGAAGCUCUCCAAUGCCAACCUGCAGGAAAAGGCCUUCAGGGAUGGGCUCAUUGACCAGCUCUAUGACCUGCUGCUGGAAUAUCUCCAUGGCCAAGCCCACAGCAUUGGCUUCCCCGAGCUGGUUCUCCCCACUGUCAUCCAGCUGAAGUCCUUCCUGAAGCAGUGCAAGGUGGCCAACUACUGCCGGCCCAUGCGGCAGCUGCUGGAGAAGCUGCAGGAGAACUCGGCCCACAUCUGCAGCAGGAGGCAGAGAGUGACCUUCGGUGUGGCCAGCACUGCUGCUGUGGAGCAGUGGGAGAAGCAGGUGAAGGAGGAGGGGACGCCCCUGAGCAGGUACUACAGCCACUGGAAGAAGCUGAGGGAGAAGGAGAUCCAGCUGGAGAUCAGCGGCAAGGAGAGGCUUGAAGACUUGAACUUCCCAGAAAUCAAACGCAGGAAGCCAGAUGAGAGGAAGGAGGAGGAUAAGAAGGAAUUCAAGGAUCUCUUUGAGCUGGGCAGUGACUCUGAGGAGGAGAAUGGUGGAUUCUCUGUGAAAGGGAAGGGCAGAGGCAGGCAGGCCUCAGAUGACAGCUCAGAAGCCAGCAGCAAGGAGUUUGGGGAGGAGGAUGAUGAUGAAGAAGGAAAUUACGAAGUGGAGGAGGACGAGGAGGAAGAACUGGAAGAGGACAGCGAGUCAGAGGCAGAGGAAGGCCGGGAAGGAGCCCGGGACUCCCAGGAUUCCCAGGAGAGGAGGAGCUGCCCCCGGGGGCUGUCCCGCGCUGACCUGCAGCAGCUGGCACAGGGAGGGGACGACCUGGUGCAGGACCUGGAGUUUUCUGAUGAGGACUGAGCACCCCCAGCCCCUGUCCAGCCCGAGCACCUGGAGCUGCUGCCAGAGCCAGGGGCACAGCUGGGACCAGCCCUUCGUGCCACAGCUUGGACUUCUCCACUCAACUUGGGACUUCUCCAGAUUUUUCUACCAGUUCUGCUUUUGGUACCAAUAAAACCCGAGGCCGAGUCGGGGCCAGUAAAAACUGCUCAGCAGAGG